GACAGCUCGUUAAAGAUGAAGACACAAAUGAAUUCUUCGUCGAUAUCAGACUAUUCCGUUCAAAUAUCUGAAAAAUUCUCAGAUAACAAUAUUAGUCAUCCAUUUACAAGAGAAACUAUGGCGAUAAAUGGUUCCAUAAUGACGAGUGGAAAUUUGGAAUUGCAACAUUUGAGUCUAAGUUUCAACCGUUUGACGAAUAAGACAUUGAAGAAACUGAUAUCGUGUCUGUAUUAUCAAAAGUACAUGUUAUUAAACGAUUACAGUAAGGGAUUAUUAUAUGUAUUUUUAGAGGGUAAUGAUAUUUCAAAGAAUGAAGAUUGGACAACGUUACAGGAGCUUUUACGUUGCAGACGACAAGAGAAUCAAAUAAUUCUAGAUGAGGAUUUUAAGGACCUUGUACCGGUAGAGAGUGAAACUUUGCGGAGCAGAAUCAAAAAUAUUUUAUUGUAUUUAUAUUAAUUUUUCUAUGUAUAUUAUAUUAAUUUUUCUAUUUUUUCUAUAGAAUCUUCAUAUUUAAAUUUUAAAGUCAUUUUGGAUAUAAUGUCGUGCGGGAUGGUGUGACCAGCGAUAAGCAAUUGUUUGAAAAUUUUAUUGGACGAAAAUUUUAUCUUAUCGCCACGCAUGCUCUCUCUCUCUCUUUACAUCCGAUGGACAACGAACUCGAACUGACACUGUCAUUUCAUUUUGCACUUUGUGAAGAUGUUGCUGCAUAUCACCGCCGUUACCGUGCUCUUUAAUAUUGCCAUUAUGGAAUUGGAUUCUUUUUAUUCUCUUCCAUCGGAAAAAAUUUUGGAUCUGCCGCUUACCAAGAGUCCGUUGCACCGCGUAUUCGUGUACGGCACGUUAAAACGAGGCGAGCCGAAUCACAGUCUUAUUAAGGAUACUGCGAACGGCUAUGCAAAAUUUCUGGGCCUUGGCAGGACAACAGUCUUAUAUCCUCUGGUAAUCGCUACCAAGUAUAACAUCCCGUUUCUGCUGAAAAAACCCAACAUGGGCAAUUUUGUGCUUGGAGAAAUAUAUGAUGUAGACUCUAAAAUGCUGAAAAGACUAGAUGAAUUAGAGGAACAUCCAACAUUUUAUGAGCGAACCGAAGAAGAAGUCUUAUUGGCUCCAGAAACUGCAUUCAAAUCUGGGAAAACUUUUGAAGAGGUUGGCGAAUUGACAAAAGCCUCGAUAUACUUUCUGCCAAGAUACAGGUCUUCCUUACUGGAUAGUCCCAUGUACGCGUCUUACAGCAAUAACGGAAGUCACGGAUUGAAGUAUUGUGAGAAGUAUGUUCGCGAUCCAUCCUACGAUCAUAGAAAGGAGGUGCAAUAAAUCAUUGCCACUGGCUUUUGUUUUUUUUGCAGCGAUGAGGACGCGUCGAGCCUUAAUGAUGUUCUUUGAACAGUCUAUCUAAUGGGCAGAAUGACGAAUAUUUUCUCUUACAAUACUACUUAAAAUUCUUGCGAUUAAUCGAAGAAAGUAAGAAUGUGCAGAAAAUAUAAGUAAUUAAUAAAAAUAAUUUUGUAUUGCCGCGCAUACGUUCCGCAUAAUGAUAUAUUAAAAACUAUUUUAAGAGGAAACAUAUCUUAAUUUCUAGCCCACGAAAAAAUAAUCUU